CGCGGACCAGGGCGCAAAGCUAAGGCGCCAGUGGCUCGCAUUCCUCGAGCACACCAGUAGCGCACGCGAUCUUGCGAGCCCGGAUAUCUUGGCUCGAUUUGACUGGUUCAACCUGGGCAAUGCGCGCAUCGUAGAGGUAUGUAAGCCGGUCGUGCUCUCCGGAAGACGGAGGAGAAACUCAGGGUGUUGCCAUCCACACGCCCAAUACAGCUAGCGCGGCGGAUUAUUGUGAAACCGCAUCUUCCAGCCUUACGAACUAACCCUCGUACUUCGCACAUGCAGGUCGGCGCUGAGUCGUGCGAACUGGCAGACGCGCUCUCGCGCCGAUACCCGAGCCUCGAAUUCGUGGUCCAAUUUCACGACGACGGCCCCGCAAGAACCCCCACCGAGCUCACAGCCGCCUUCGCGCAGCUGGCCCGGGCCAAUCCGCGCAUCACGGUCCAGCAGCGCCGCAUCGGCGCGUCGCAGCCGAUACGGGAUGCCGCAGUCUACAUCCUCCGGGUGCCCUCCGUGCUGUCAACCGUUCCCGAUCAGGUCGCGUCGUGGAACCGUGGUGCCAGCAUCUCGCAAGCCGGCCCCCUGGCGCUCCGCCAUCUCGUCCUGGCCGAGCUCGGCGCCCACUUGGACGUGCUGCGCACCAACAGUGCCGCCAUGUUGAUCUUGACCGCGCGGCUGCGGACAGCCGCCGGUGGCGACGGCUUGGGCAGCGCAAACGGGGAACCGGAGAACCAGGCCCUCUCGCAGAUGGGCGAGCUCGUCUUGCUGCAGCUAACCGGCCACCGGGAGGUGGAACUGGGAGACGUGUUGAAGUGGGUGGAGAGCGUUGGCGACGAAGCCGGGAAGCUGUCCGUGGUCCACCGGCUGGCCAGCCCAGGCACAGCCGACGUUGCAUUCGUCGUCCGAUACACGCGCGCCGGUGCAGGCUGUUGAUGGCGGUAGUGAAGCCCAAGAAAAAUAAGCUCAUGAUGCGAGGUUACAUUGAUCGCCACUAGCCUUCCGUUCUGAGGGCGCGGCGGCGAGAUCCGCUUUGUGCAACCAAACGUUCGGGGUGUAC